ACAAAGACCAAAGGUACAACAGAACCAAACGGUCGAUUUCCAUGUAGAAUCCGACCCAAUUGAUGCGGACCACUCAAAGUGCACACGAUGAUAUUACUGCCAUUUUCAACUUCGGUAAAAAAACCAGUCUGAUUUCAACUCCUAUUCUCUCUCUCUCGCUCUCUCACGCUACUCGUCCAGUUUAAAUCCACUAAUUCUUACCUUUUCACUUUUAAAUCUUACUUUCACCAAUUUUUUUUUAAAGAACUUUUGUUUUCUGAUUCAUGUGUGUUCGGAGCUGGAAUUGAUUCAAAGGCUUACAAUUUAGGUCUCUAUUAUUAGUGUUAAAGAGAGGAAACAAUUAAACUUAUUCAAGAAGAUGACGACUAUGGAGAGUUUGAUUGGACUGGUGAACAGGAUCCAGAGGGCUUGCACUGCCCUAGGUGACUACGGCGGUGGCGAACAGGCUUUUUCAUCUCUCUGGGACGCUCUUCCUUCCGUCGCUGUCGUUGGUGGCCAGAGUUCAGGGAAGUCUUCUGUGUUGGAGAGCAUAGUAGGACGAGAUUUCCUUCCGCGGGGCUCUGGUAUUGUUACAAGGCGACCACUGGUGUUGCAACUUCACAAGACAGAGGAAGGGCAGCAGGAAUAUGCAGAAUUCGGACAUAUGCAGAGGAGAAGAUUCACUGAUUUUGGUGUGUGGAAUUUUUACUGCUUAGCUUUCUGGGUUGAAUGAAAAUUUUGAUUAUAA